AUGCUCUUUGUGCGGAAGAGUUACCUGGUCACCACCGUCAUUCUCAUCUUCGUCGUCUAUACCCUCUUCUCCAGUCUCCCUCCCAGUGACAUCUUCAACCUCGACGACAACGACAACUGGGAAUAUGUCCAGUCUACCACAAAUUCCGGCCGAACUCGCUGGACCAAAUAUCCUGAGAAGCACCCCGUCACCGACUACAUUCCCUACCCCAAGAACCAUCCCUCCCCGAUCCCGAAGAUCCAGUACGACUUCCCCGAAGAAUCAUGGUGGGCUCGUCGACAGCGAUUGAGCCGUCAGAAGGCAGUCAAGGAAGCUUUCAAGCAUGCUUGGAAAGGGUAUAAACACCAUGCUUGGCUGCGUGAUGAGUUGUCGCCUCUUAGCGGUGGUCAUAGGACUUCGUUUGCCGGCUGGGCAGCUACCUUGGUCGACUCGCUUGAUUCGCUGGUUAUUUUGGGCUUGGACGAUGAGUUUGAGGAGGCGCUGGAUGCUCUUGAUCGGAUUGAUUUCUACACAACCGAUUCGACGCAGAUUAAUGUGUUUGAAACCAACAUUCGCUACCUUGGAGGUUUCAUGGGUGCGUAUGACUUGACUGACGGUGCUCACCCCAUACUGCUCAAGAAAGCGGUGGAGGUGGCUGAUAUGCUGUAUGGUGCUUUCGACACGAGCAACCGGAUGCCUCAGACCCGUUGGCAGUGGACCAGAUCUGCGCAAGGUCUGGGAAUCCAGUCCAGCAGGAACACCAUCAUGGCCGAACUGGGCUCGUUGAACCUCGAAUUCACUCGACUGACCCAAUUGACCGGCGACCCUAAAUACUUUGACGCCAUUCAGCGAAUCGCGAACCACAUGGAAGAAGCGCAGAACCAUACCCGGGUCCCAGGCUUGUGGCCGAUCAUGGUGGACGCCGAGGAAAUGGCAUUCAAUGACCCCCGGUACACAGUGGGUGGAAUGGCAGACUCCACUUACGAGUACCUUCCUAAAGAGCAUAUUCUGCUUGGAGCUCGCACGGACCAGUAUCGCAACAUGUACUCGACGGCUAUGAAGGCUAUUAAGAGACGUCUUCUCUUCCGCGCGAACACCCAAACCGGCCAAGAGAUUUUGUUUGCAGGCGAUACCCGUGCGGGGUACAGCGACGGAAUGAUCGAAUACCAGGCAGAACACCUCAAAUGCUACCUGGGUGGUACAGUUGGUAUCGGUGCUAAGGUCUUCGAUCGUCCCGAGGAGCUUUCCAUUGCACGUGGUUUGGUCGACGGCUGUAUCUGGGCUUACGAUGUCAUGCCUACUGGUAUCAUGCCAGAGACACUCUAUGUCAGUUCGUGUGAAACGAUCGAAGAGUGUGACUGGGAUGAGAGGAAGUGGUACCGUGAUGUCCGUCAUCGUCUCCUGCGUGGCGGCCGUACCACCGAUGAAGACAACACCAAGGAAACCAAGUCUCUUAUCGAAAACCAUGGCCUUCAGCCAGGUGUGACGGAUGUCACUGAUGCCCAGUACAAGCUAAGACCCGAAGCCAUCGAAUCCGUCUUCAUAAUGUACCGUAUAACAGGCGACAAAUCCCUGCAAGACGCCGCCUGGCGCAUGUUCUCCAGCAUCGAGAAGCACACCCGCACCAAGCUCGGCCACGCAAUUAUCAACGACGUCCGGGACAAGCAUACCGAUCAGUCCGAUUUCAUGGAGAGUUUUUGGCUUGCGGAGACGUUGAAAUACUUUUACCUUACCUUCUCGGAGCCGGAUCUUGUUAGCUUGGAUGAGUAUGUUUUGAAUACUGAGGCACAUCCGUUUAAGCGGCCGUCGUAG